UGUGGUCUUGUACACUGUGUAUUUUCAGUCUUUGUGCUUUUGUUGGGUGAACCUAUGCUGUGAAUAGUUUAAAGUGGUUAUGGAAAGACAACUAAGUAAUGUUUGAAUUUGUUAGUAGAUCGUGUGUUUUUACUUGUCACCGCUGCUGGAAAGGGGAAGCCAAUGCAGUGAAGCCAGUACAGGGGUUAUACUUUCCCUCUUCUUGGUACCAGUCAGGAGCCGUGCAGCUGCAUUUUGGACCAGCUGCAGACGUGACAGGCUCGACUAACAGAUACCCAGGUUGGAACACAAGAUGGAAAAUGUGCAACAUGAAGGAAACAAUGUUUGCAAAGAACGAUCACGUUUCAAUCAACGUGUCCUCCAUCAAGAGUUGGGUGGGAUCUGGAGUUUGUGGGGGGUGUUCACCACUUUCUGAAGAGUAUAAAACUACAGCACUUUCCCCACAGCAGUACAUCUAAUCACCAAAUCACAAGAGAUUCCUCAUCAAGACCUGCAUCAAGAACUAUCUGCAGAACCUGAAAAAGAGCCAUUAUGGUUCGCGUGACUCAAAUGUCAUUGCUUUUUGUUCUCUUCUUGGCUUCAUCAGCUUUUGGUGAGGCGGAUAAACCUGGAUCAGAGGCUGAAUUCAAUGCAUUCAUCAAAGAACAAAUCAAGGUGGUACCAAAACCAACUGAUUCACGAUGUCCGGCUGGUUGGGUGAGGCAUGAACAACGCUGCUUCAUCUACUUUCCCCAAGCUUUGGACUGGGCCUCUGCUGAGGCUCAGUGUUUAACUCGGGGCGCUAACCUGGUCUCAAUACACAAUGAAAAUGAAUAUCAGCUGGUGAAGGCUCUCAUCCGUGCUUAUGACCCCAAAGAGGACCCUACAUGGCUCGGUCUCAACAGCUGUGAGAAGAGGGAUAGCUGGUUCUGGUCUGAUGGGACCAAAGCUAACUACGCCAAGUGGAAUAAAGAUGAACCCAAUUAUGUGAAUGGAGAAUGCUGUGUGCACUUGAACUAUGGUGGUCAGAAAGACUGGAAUGAUAUUCCAUGUAGUAAUGUGUAUCCCUUCGUCUGCAGCAAGGAGACUGCAUUUAAACUCACCGAAAAACAUUCUUAAAAUGUCAGACACUGUUAAUAUACAGUUUACAUUGAUAAAAACACAUUCAUGUGAUUAUAAAUAAAUCAAUAAAAAGAAUUAAAAAUAAAGCAUUUA